AUGGGACAGACUGUCACCACCCCCUUGAGCCUCAUGCUUGACCACUGGUCAGACGUGAAGGCACGAGCUAACAACGAAGGAGUUGUAGUCAAAAAGAAUAAAUGGAUCACCCUUUGCGAGGCCGAAUGGGUCAUGAUGGAUGUAGGAUGGCCUCGCGAGGGAACCUUUAACCUCAGUCUUAUUUCACAGGUGGAGGGAAAAGUUUUCGCUCCGAGUCCCCAUGGUCACCCGGACCAGGUCCCAUACAUCGCCAUAUGGAGACUCCUGGCGACCGAACCCCCCCCCCCCCGGGUUAGGCCAUUCCUCUCCCCUCCAGCGCCCCAGGCCUGCCCCCCGAUGGCACCGCCGCCCCCUCUCGCCCCUCCUGCCUCCUCCCUUUACCCUGUUCUCCCACAAAAGGAUCCCCCUAAGACCCCUGUCCUUCCCCCGGACCCCAAUACACCUCUUAUUGACCUCCUGACAGAGGACCCACCGCCAUACCCGGGGAAUCGGGGGCCAGAGGGACCGGCGGCCCCCGAACAUCCUCUACAGAGAGAGCGGGAGGAUGAGGCUCCGGCUCCCUCCCCAAUUGCUCCGGCUCCCUCCCCAAUUGCCGGUCGCCUCCGAGGAAGGCGCGACGAACCAGCCAAAGAAUCCAGGGCCUUCCCUCUCCGGGAGGGCCCCAAUCACCAGCUCCAAUACUGGCCAUUUUCGGCCUUUGAUCUUUACAACCGGAAGCAACAUAAUCCUCCUUUCUCUAAGGACCCUGUUGCCUUGACUAACCUGAUUGAGUCCAUUUUAGUGACCCACCAGCCUAUGUGGGACGACUGUCAGCAGUUAUUGCAGACCCUCCUGACAGUGGAGGAGAAGCAGCGAGUCUUCUUGGAGGCUCGGAAGCAGGUUCCUGGAGACGAUGGAAGACCCACCCAAUUGCCUAAUAUCAUUGAUGCAGCCUUUCCCCUCACCCGCCCGAACUGGGACUUCAUGAACCCAGAAGGUAGGGAGCACCUACAUCUCUAUCGCCUGUUGCUCUUAGCGGGUCUCCGGGGGGCUGCUAGACGCCCUACCAAUUUGGCUCAGGUUAGAAAUGUGAUCCAGGGAAAGGAUGAGACGCCGGCAGCAUUCUUGGAAAGACUCAAAGAGGCCUAUAGGAUGUAUACCCCAUACGAUCCAGAAGACCCAGGACAGGCGCCGGGCGUCAUCUUGUCUUUCAUCUAUCAGUCAAGUCCAGAUAUAAGGGCCAAAUUACAGAGACUAGAGGGAUUGCAUUCGUUCAGUUUGUCAGAUUUAUUGAGAGAGGCAGAGAAAAUGUUUAAUAAGAGAGAAACUCCCGAAGAGCGGGAGGAGAGGAUGUGGCAGAAACAGGAAGAAAGGGAUAAGAAACGUCACAGAGAAAUAAGUAAAGUCCUGGCUGCUGUAAUAUCUCAGGGACAGGGUAGAGAGGGAGUUAGGAUGGGAGAUCAAAGAAGGAUACCGCUUGACAAAGACCAGUGUGCUUACUGCAAAGAGAGAGGACAUUGGGCUCGUGAUUGCCCAAGGAAACCUCAAGGGUCUCGGAGAACUAAGCCAAGGGCCACGGACCUCCUCAAUCUGGAGGAUUAG